AUGGGAAAAAGAGGCGGUGAAUCGCAGGGAGGCAACAGAAACAAAAAAUACAAACAGAGUGGGUUCAUAGACCCUAAUACUUCGGGUAUAUUUGCAACAUGCAACCGAGGCAGAGAAUUGGGCUGUCGCAAAGAGUUGAUGAACCUCUUGUCUGAGAAGUGUGAGCAAUGGUACCCAGACUGGGAGCAGAAAGUGGAAGAAGACGACAAGGAAGACGAGAAAGAGCUUUCCGUGGAAGAACAGGUUCAGAAGGAAUUGGCCUCGAUGAAGAAAGAAAAAUCUGCAAAGACCACUGUCUUUCUGCCUAUAGACCUUAGUUGCGAAUGUCUAGUUUUCAUUAAAAUCAGGAAACCAGUUGAGCCCGCCGAAUUUAUCCAUAGAAUAUGCCAAGAGGCCCUGCUGCUGAGGGAGAAGAAGACAAGAUUCACUCAGAAGAUCACUCCUAUCACUACAUCGGUGUCUGCCUCCAUUGAGGAACUAAAGAAACUUGCUACUAUCGUUCUUGGGCCCCACUUCCACAAGGAGGAAGGCCAAGAACCUGUCAAGUUUGCCAUCCAAGUUACCAGAAGAAAUUUCAAUACGCUAGAAAAGGAUGAAAUCAUUCAGACAAUUGCAGCUGCUGUUGGAAAAGAGCACGGUCAUAAAGUGGACUUGAAGAAUUACGACAAGCUUAUCAUGGUUGAGUGCUUCAAGAACAAUAUCGGAAUGAGUGUUGUCAGCGACUAUCUUCAGUUUGAGAAGUUCAACUUACAACAAAUCUUUGAGAAAAACAUGAAGUCUAAUGAAACAUCGAGGGUCAACCCUGUUGAAAACAAGGCUGAACCAAAAACGGAGGUCAAAGAAGAAGAUAAGAAGGAGGAUGCUGUGAAGGAAGAGACCAAUUAA